UCGGAACAGAUCGAUCUGUUACACGGCAAUAAUGGAGAUUGAAGGUAAUAAAUUUUCGUUACAACUUUUCGAGAGGCAAAAAGGCAUGUGUAAAUGGAAAUUCGGCUUUAUUAAAUUCGUUCUCUCUUAUUCACUCACCCUCUUGUACCCAGAUAAAAAAGGCAAAAAUGCCUGGGAACGAGGAUGUCCUUUAUUCCGAUGCGUACAGGGUUAUAACGCUAAGUUAGCGAGCCACAAAUGUGUGGACAAAACCAAAACAAAAAUGGCUGCCUUGCGGAUAGGGCUCAGACAAAUUAUUGUCUGCACUCGUAGUUUUACAAAAGUUCCUACACGUUCUAUAUUUAUAAGUAACUUACAUAAAGAGAAGGUUACGCAUACAGGACAGAAAUAUGAUGAAGGAGACUGGAAACAAGUACGAUUUAUUGAUAAGAAAAAAGUUGUAAACCCAAAUUUUGCGAUAGAUUUAAUAGACGAAAUUCCACCAAUGGAGGUUAGUGAAAGAGUGGUGUCCUGUGAUGGAGGAGGAGGUGCUCUUGGUCACCCAAAAGUAUUUAUAAAUUUGGACAAACCAGGAGAUCAUGCGUGUGGUUAUUGCGGAUUACGUUUCGUCAAGAAGGCUCACCAUUAAUAAAUUCUAUUGUCAAAUAAAUUGUCCUGUAUAUUAUGUGUUUUUAAAAAAUUGAAAAAAAAUGUUUGGCCUUGUUUCUCACAG